CGAUAGGACAAGUGGAUUUCUCGUCUCGUCGAGGCACAAGCCCGACAGCGAUACGUACACUCCCUGGAGAAGACACACACAUCAGCGUGGGCAGUCGACAGAGGUGAUACCAAGAUGGAAGGUGCGGUGAAUCAGGCUGUGUCAGAUGUUAACGAUAGUAUUGUUGAAAAUGUCAACAAGACAUCGAGCCAGGGUCCAGAGUCACCAGAGGGGAUGGUUCUGGCGUACGGAAGUCUCGUGGUGAUGGCUAUCCUGCCGAUUUUCCUCGGGAGCUUUCGAUCGGUUAAACAUCAGAAGGAACAGCAGCAAAAAUUUGAGACGAGUGGGGAGAAACCAGAGACCAUGUCCCACCGGGAUGCAGCAAUGUUUCCUCUAAUUUCCAGUUGUGCUCUCUUCGGGCUGUACCUAAUUUUUCAAAUAUUCUCGAAGGAGUACAUCAACCUACUCCUGACCGGUUACUUCUUUUUCCUGGGGGUUCUGGCCCUCUGUCAUCUUACGAGCCCAAUUAUAUCAUCACUGGUACCUGCGGCAAUUCCAAAAACCCCGUAUCAGAUAGAAUUCACUUCAGGCGAGGGUGACGAGACCGAAUAUAUCAUAAAUUACUCAUUCAAUCUCCACGAUAUCGUAUGUCUGAUCUGCUGUUCGUUGAUCGGAGUGUGGUAUCUCCUCCAAAAGCACUGGGUCGCCAACAACCUGUUUGCAAUAGCCUUCGCAAUAAAUGCAGUAGAGCUUCUGCAUCUGAACAACAUAGUAACAGGUUGUAUCCUCCUCGGAGGUCUCUUCAUCUACGACAUCUUCUGGGUGUUCGGUACAGACGUCAUGGUAACAGUGGCCAAAUCUUUCGAGGCCCCGAUAAAGCUGGUAUUCCCCCAGGAUCUCAUCGAGGUGGGUCUCAAGGCCACGAAGUUUGCUAUGCUCGGGCUGGGAGACAUAGUCGUCCCAGGCAUCUUCAUUGCUCUGCUGCUGAGGUUCGACCACAGCUUGGGGCGAAAAUCCUACACGUACUUCUACACGACCUUCUUCGCCUACUUCAUGGGCCUCAUAGCAACGAUGCUGGUGAUGUUCGUAUUCAAUCAUGCACAGCCAGCCCUUCUGUACCUGGUGCCAGCCUGCAUAGGCACUCCUCUGCUGAUAGCCCUUGUCAAGGGCGAUCUCAAGAAGAUUUUCACGUACGAGGACCAUCCCUCAGCUGUUAAUGCCAGCCCGAAGCCCCAGACGGAGGCUCAAGUUGACGGCAAGAAGGAUAAAUAGAUAUAUCGCAGGUUAAUUAAAUAAUUGGACGAGAGCGCUUGAUCCGCCGAGGAACAUCAGUCUUAGUAAAUUCAUAUUUCAUUGAGGUGGAUGCAUAAUGUCAAUGGAGGAGUGACGAAUUGUCAAUUCUUAAGUGUAUCAUAGAAGAGGCAGGGAGGGGAUUCAAUGGAUUUUUACUUUGUGUGGAGGGAAUCAGUCAGGAAAAUUGGAUAGAAUUCAUUGCGAUCCUGCUUUUUUUACUUAUUCUCAGAUGAUUGAUAGAUAGAAUUAUUCAUUGGAACCUAAAAAUUCUGGUGGGAUUCUUUUAAAAUGUCUGUGACAGAUUUUUCUUCAUCAAAAUGUCAUCAAUGGGGAUUUCAUAAAAAAAAAAAUCCGGUAAGAAUGUAUUUCAGUACAUUUGAGGGCUUUGACAAGAUUUUUUUGUAUUCAUGUGAAUGUUUACAUCAUGGGCAUAAUAUGGCACUUGUCUAAAGGUACAUUGAGGGGAUUUAAGAAAAUACUCUGCUCAUUUGGACAGAAGUUGUUGAAAUCUAUGUAGAACCCAUUAUUUCCGAAUUAAAUUUUCCAAAUUCUCGAGUCGAGAAUUUUACCAUGAAAAAUAUUAGACGAGUGAAUAAAGAUAAACAUUUCAUUUAAUUGAAAAAAAAACUCUCAAGAGUUCGUAUGACUUCUAUUACUUCUGUGCAAAUAAUUUCAAGAGUGAUUUCCCUUCUAUUCAUAUCAAGUUUUUCACGGCAUGGCACUCGUCAUGAAGGGUAAUAUCAUUGAGACAGGAAUAUUUUUUCAAACGAAAAAUCGUCUAAUUUUUUCUCAGACUUCGUGUUACCAGGAUUGGAAUAUUCCUGAUUCAACGAUCGCACUCAUCUGAGAUUUUUCAAGUUCUAUUAUACAUCGACAACUAUCGCUCCCGAAUCUGUAUCAAGAUUUUAUUCAAGUCAUCUCACCAGCACCCUCGACAAUCGUCGAAUUUAUCUAGAUAAUUGUUUUUUAUGGAUACGCCAAAUGUGAACAUCGUUAAAAUUUCAUUGUAGUCAUUCCAAUUUUAUAAUCGAGAGGGGAACGUUUUUCCGAAUUAAGAGUAUCGCACAAUGAUAAUGCAUUAAUGAUACGAAAAAUACAAUGAAAUCAAUCUUCCUGAUGACGACGCUGAGAUAAGACUCAUAAAUGAAUUCAUGUCGUCGACUGUAAAUUACGAUCAAUGAAAAUUUCAUCUGUGAUUCAACUGAUCCGAUUUAUGCGAAAUACAGGAUUUUUGUCUGUGGAAAAA